AUGCUGGCGCGCGUUGGGCUUGUCGCCCCGAGUUGCUGUGCUGCCCCCACGGCGAGCACCAAGCUUUGGUGCCGGGCGCCCGUUUCGGGAUCACGUGUAGCGCGUCACAUCUGCAAGGCGUUGGACUACCGCGCCGCGGAGACGCUGCUGUCUGAUCGCGCCAAGGCGGUGGAGCUCUUCUACACUGAGGUUUGGGCGCACAACACUGUGGAGCUUUUGGACUGCCUCUGCAACGGCUCCGUCACGUACAGCGACGCACGCGGCGGCGGCAGCGACGUUUUUGGCCGUGCGGGCCUGGCCGAGAUGAUUGGCGACUGCUGCGCCAGCCACCCGCUACUGCACAUCGAAGUGGAUGACAUAUCGCUCGACGCCACCGGCUCGAGCGCCACCUGCGAAUGGCACGCGACCGCCGCGGACCUGCUGCCCAGCCGGUCAGGCGCCCCUCCCACUGGGCUGGUCUCCGAGGUGUGCGGCUGCGACCAGCUGACGUUCGGCCCCGACGGCCGCAUCCGCGCGAUCCUCAGCUUCCGCGACCGCUUUGCUGAGGAGGAGGCUGUGGCAGAGGCGGAGGCGGAGACGGACGCAGACGACUACUAA